AUGAAUAAUCCGAGCUGGAGGAAUUAUGCAACCCCACCAUGGAACAACAACCAACAGCCAAUCCGGAACAACACACUUUCAGGAUUUCAACAAGCUUCACAUCCACCACUGCCCUCAGCUAAAAAGAAGUCAAACCUUGAGGAGUUGAUGAACAAAUUCAUUCAAACUUCAAAAUCUCGGUUCCAAUCCAUUGAGACAGCACUAAGGAAUCAACAAGCCUCUAUCCAUAAUCUAGAGAAUCAGUUGGGUCAAAUUUCUAGACUCCUCUCAGAAAGACCCCAAGGGAGCUUACCUGACAAUACUGAGACUAAUCCUAAGGAGCAGGUCAAGGUAGUAACAUUAAGGAGUGGCAAAACAUUGCAAGAGAAGGGGAAGCAAGAAGUAGAAAAACUUGUAGUUGAAGAGGAAGAUAAAUGUCAAGAGGAGACUAUGGAAAAGCUCCCUGCAGUGAAAGAAUUCAUACCUCCACUCCCCUACCUAGCAAGAUUGAAGAAGGACAAGGAUGAUGAACAGUUUGGUAAAUUUCUGUCUUUAUUUCGUCAACUUCAUAUCAAUUUACCGUUUGUUGAUGUUUUGGCACAGAUGCCCAAAUACGCAAAAUUUCUGAAGGAUCUAUUGUCCAACAAGAAGAAGUUAGAGGAGUUGGCCACAGUAACUCUAAAUGAAGAAUGCUCAGCAAUCCUGCAAAACAAGAUGCCCAAAAAAUUGAAGGAUCCAGGGAGUUUUACUCUUCCUUGUCUCAUUGGUAGAUUGAUAGUUGAUAGGGCUUUGGCUGAUUUAUGUGCUAGCAUUAAUUUGAUGCCAUAUUAUAUUUUUAAGAAAAUAGGUUUGGGAGAACCUAGGCUAACUAGGAUGAGUAUUCAACUAGCUGAUAGGUCAGUUCAAUACCCUAGGGAUAUCAUCGAAGACGUGCUUGUAAAAGUGGAAAAUUUGAUUUUUCCUGUUGAUUUUGUAAUUCUUGAUAUGGAUGAGGACACCGAAGUCCCCUUGAUCUUAGGUCUUCCCUUUUUAGCUACUGCAAAAGUCAUAAUUGAUGAAUUCUUGAUCUCAGAUCCAUUGGAAAAGAGCUUAGUUUAUGAAGAAGGAAAAGAUGAUAUGAGUCUGGUAACUCAAGAACAGUGGUGUCAUCUAGAAUCCACUGCGCCAUUAUUGAGAAAGAAGAAAUUUGAAGUUCUAGAGCAGAAUUUAGAGAAGCAGCCCAACCCAUCCACUAAUGAACCACCAGAUGUAGAAUUGAAGGUCCUACCCGAACAUCUGGAGUACGCCUUUUUGGAAGAUUGUUGCAAGUUACCGAUUAUCAUUGCUUCAGAUUUAACACAAGAACAAAAAGCCCAGCUGCUGAAUGUACUUCGAGAUGGAAGAUCUUUGACAUAA